GCAUAAGGCGCUCCAGGGAUGGGAGUGGGAGGAGCGAGGAUGCUUCCCGCUGCAGCACGUAACAUGUGUGCUGCUGCUGCUCAACUCACACCUUUGUUUUCCUGCUUGCAGGGUAGAAGCUCUUGUACUGAGCUUCUCAGUCAGCUGCCCAAGAGAAGCCCUCCCGAAGCUCAGCUGAAAUGAACUGGCCUCCCUGAGCGUGCUCUACCUCUGGGCCGGGUCUCUCUGUACCUGUGCAGAGAUGGUGUUUAGUUAUUCACAGACUAAUGAGCCUUGGCCUCCGGACCCAAUAAAGCCAACAUCCUUUCUCAUGAAGAAGAGUGCCACUUCCUGAAGUCUUGGAGGACCUGCAGCCAGAAGCAAGCAGGACUGUUUUUCUGCUCAGAACAGAGUGUCUUUUUCGAAUCCGCCCUUCAUUAUGAUUCACACCAACUUGAAGAAAAAGUUCAGCUGCAUUGUGCUGGUCUGUCUCUUAUUUGGGAUUAUAUGUGUAUGGAAAGAGAUGAAGAAAGGGGAUGGCUAUAAUUCUCUUCAGUUGCAAACCAAGGAAUUCCAGGCCUUGAAGAGUCUGCAGAAGCAGAGUGUGGGCUCUGUUUCCCAGUCUGUGUCUUCAAGCAGCAUUCAGGACCCUUUCAGGGGCAAGCAAGACCUCAGCAGGCUCAGGGGUCCAUCUAAGACCACGCUAGAGAACUCCCACCUGGUGUGGAACAAGGAGAGCUCUUCCAGAAACCUUAUCCCUAGGCUGCAGAAGAUCUGGAAGAAUUAUCUGAAAAUGAAUAAGUACAAAGUGUCCUACAAGGGGCCAGGGCCAGGUGUCAAGUUCAGUGCAGAAGCCCUAAGCUGCCACCUUCGGAACCAAGUGAAUGUCUCCAUGGUGGAAGCCUCAGAUUUUCCCUUCAACACCUCUGAAUGGGAGGGCUUCCUCCCCAAGGAGAACUUUAGGACCAAGACUGGGCUAUGGGGCCGGUGUGCUGUUGUCUCAUCAGCAGGAUCUCUGAAGUCCUCCCAACUGGGCCAAGAAAUAGAUAAUCAUGAUGCCAUCCUGAGGUUUAAUGCGGCACCCACAGACAACUUCCAGCGUGAUGUAGGCACAAAAACCACCAUUCGCCUGAUGAACUCUCAGUUGGUUACCACAGAGCGGCGCUUCCUCAAGGAUAGUCUGUAUAAUGAAGGAAUCCUGGUUGUGUGGGACCCUUCUGUGUAUCACACAGAUAUCCCAAAGUGGUACAAGAAUCCCGACUACGGUUUCUUCGAAAAUUAUAAGAGCUACCGGAAGCUGCAUCCUGAUCAGCCCUUUUAUAUCCUCAAGCCCCAGAUGCCUUGGGAGCUUUGGGACAUUCUUCAGGAAAUGGCCCCGGAGGAGAUUCAGCCAAAUCCUCCAUCCUCUGGCAUGCUUGGCAUCAUCCUCAUGAUGACGCUGUGUGACCAGGUGGAUAUUUAUGAGUUCCUUCCAUCCAAGCGUAAGACUGACUUGUGCUACUAUUACCAGAAGUUCUUUGACACCGCAUGUACCAUGGGCGCCUACCACCCACUCCUUUAUGAAAAGAACCUGGUGAAGUUUCUUAACCUGGGCACGGAUGAGGACAUUUACCUGUUUGGAAAAGCCACACUGCGUGGCUUCCGGAACAUUAGCUGCUAAGUGGGUUUCUUGACUAGGAGUCAUCACCCUUCAAUGCUGGGUGUUUUACAGCUGUUCUCCAGGAUAACUCUUGAGAAG